GCAACUCUUUCUCCCAACGCAUUUUAAUAAUUUCACCACACAUCACCAGCCGAGAUCAGCAGAGACCAGCAAAGAUGGUGCGGACACUGAAACAUCACGAGCAAAAGCUGCUCAAGAAGGUCAGCUUUCUUGAGUGGAAGGGCGACAAUGGGCAUCGCGAGGCAGAUGUCAUGAGACGGUAUCAUGUCGAGAAGCGCGACGAUUACCACAAAUACAACAAGCUCUGUGGACAGAUCCGCCAGAUGGCGCACAAGCUGGCGCAGCUGCCGCCAGACGACCCAGUCCGGCAAAAGCACGAAGAGCUCCUCCUAGACAAGCUGGAAAACAUGGGCAUUUUGGGCGCGGGCACAACCAAGAUCUCCGCGCUCGAGAAGAACGUCACAGUCUCUGCGUUCUGUCGGCGGCGGAUAGGCGUGGUGAUGUGCAGACUGCGCAUGGCGGAGACGAUAUCCGCCGCCGUCAAGCUCGUCGAGCAGGGCCAUGUCCGCGUCGGCCCCGAGGUCGUCACGGAUCCCGCGUACCUGGUGACGCGCAACCGCGAGGACUACCUCACCUGGGUCGACUCGAGCAAGAUCAAGCGCACGAUUCUCGCCUACAGAAACGAGCUCGACGACUACGACUUGCUGUAGGACGUCGAUGUAUAUUAUUAGUAAUACAUUACAUAACACUAUUCCCGAGGCUUCGGAGUGGUGGUCGAUGGAUCUCCGGUGGAAAAGUUUUUGGUUCUGAAAUGAACUGAAAGCGCGCAGAACAGCGCCGCGACCGAGGCAGUGAAGGAGGCGAAGGGGGAUUAUUACUGCUAUUUAUUCAAAGAUAUUGUACAUUAACAAACUAAUUCUCUUUAUUACAUCAAACCAACAAUACACCAGCAUCAACA